GCGCGGUCUGAACGGAAGAGCUUUAGCCUUAGCUUUCUUCCACUCUCAUUUUUACUCCAAAUAGAAAACCAAAAAUUCCAUUAAAAUUUCACUUCAUCAGUCCUUUCCUUUCCCUCUCUUUCUUCUUCGUUCUUCCCAUUCAAAAAGGCUUCCCCCCGCCAUUCCCAGAUUCUUGUUUACAACAUAUUUUUGCUUCUGCUUAGCCCUAAUUUCCCUGGGAAUAUGCCGAGAGAGAUCAUCACUCUUCAAGUUGGACAAUGUGGGAACCAGAUCGGAAUGGAGUUCUGGAAGCAGCUUUGCCUCGAGCAUGGAAUCAGCAAAGACGGCAUUCUUGAAGAUUUUGCUACUCAGGGAGGUGACCGGAAAGAUGUAUUCUUCUAUCAAGCCGAUGAUCAGCACUACAUACCAAGAGCUUUACUUAUUGACCUGGAGCCCAGGGUCAUUAAUGGUAUCCAGAACAGUGAAUAUCGAAAUCUCUACAACCACGAGAACAUCUUUGUUUCAGAUCAUGGAGGUGGUGCUGGAAAUAACUGGGCCAGUGGAUAUCAUCAGGGAAAGGGCGUUGAAGAGGAUAUCAUGGACAUGAUUGACAGAGAAGCAGAUGGAAGCGAUAGCCUUGAGGGUUUUGUUCUAUGCCACUCAAUUGCUGGAGGGACAGGAUCGGGCAUGGGUUCAUAUCUUCUGGAGACUCUGAAUGAUCGCUACAGCAAAAAACUGGUUCAGACGUACAGUGUUUUUCCUAAUCAGAUGGAAACAAGUGAUGUUGUAGUCCAGCCUUACAACUCACUUUUGACUUUAAAGCGACUAACACUCAAUGCUGAUUGUGUUGUUGUUCUUGAUAAUACUGCCCUAAAUAGAAUAGCUGUAGAACGCCUUCAUCUAUCAAAUCCAACCUUUGCACAAACAAACUCCUUAGUGUCGACUGUAAUGUCAGCUAGCACAACCACUUUGAGAUACCCAGGAUAUAUGAACAAUGACUUGGUUGGACUCUUGGCCUCUCUAAUUCCAACACCAAGAUGCCAUUUUCUAAUGACAGGAUACACACCACUCACGGUUGAGCGCCAGGCUAAUGUGAUAAGGAAAACCACUGUUCUUGAUGUCAUGAGAAGACUUCUCCAGACAAAAAAUAUUAUGGUCUCCUCGUAUGCUCGAACAAAAGAAGCUAGUCAAGCAAAAUACAUAUCAAUAUUGAAUAUCAUACAGGGAGAAGUGGACCCUACACAGGUUCAUGAAAGUUUGCAGAGAAUACGUGAAAGAAAGCUGGUGAAUUUUAUUGAGUGGGGGCCUGCCAGCAUUCAGGUUGCACUCUCACGGAAAUCUCCAUAUGUUCAAACUGCCCAUAGGGUCAGUGGUCUUAUGUUAGCUAGCCAUACCAGUAUCCGGCAUCUUUUCAGCAAGUGUUUGAGCCAGUAUGAGAAGUUGAGAAAGAAGCAAGCUUUUCUUGACAACUAUCGGAAGUUCCCAAUGUUUGCUGACAAUGACCUCUCUGAGUUUGAUGAAUCAAGAGAUAUAAUCGAAAGUUUGGUUGAUGAAUACAAGGCUUGUGAGUCGCCAGAUUAUAUCAAAUGGGGAAUGGAGGAUCCUGACCAGAUUCUUACAGGAGAGGGAAAUGCUUCGGGGACAGCAGACCCAAGUUUGGCCGUCUGACAAGGCAAAUAAGGUCAUGUUAAUGGAGGUCUUCCAUUUGCGUCAAUGAGGUGUCUUUUGUUUUUUAUGUUUUGGGACCGUUUGUGUGAUGAAGAGUGAGGCUUGUGGCAUUGGCAUCAUAGUUGAGAACAGCAUUGUUCAUCCUACCAUCCACAUGUGAUCACUGGCUUUCUCUUCCAACCUAAAACAUUCAUUUUACAGUGAGUGCCAGGGUUGGCUGCAGGAAGACCGGUCUACGUCCAUGAUUGAAACAUUUACUGAUUUUGAUGGACCAUUAUUUUCAAAUUGCAUAUAUAUACCGACGUUGAAUGAAUAGGAUGGUGGCAGUAUCUCUUAGUUGUUUUUGUGAUUUUAUGAUUCUGAGUGGGGUUUGUAAAGAGUGUUUGUUUCAACCUCAUUACUGAUUAUUAGUAAUGCCAUAAUGAUUUUCGUUAAUUUUUUUUAAAAA